UUCCAGAUUGAUGGGCCAGAUGGUUCGCCUGGCGAGUCGUUCUCACUGGUGUUCCAAGGCCAGAGAAGAGCACGAGCAACGUUGGAAAUCCAGGUGGUUGACGUGAAUGACAAUGCACCUCAGUUUGUCAACGCACCGGCGGUAAUCAGCGUUCCAGAGAACGACAUGUUCACUGUUGAUAAAGCCAGAUGCGGUGGCAAGGAAUGUACCACCACUUUGCGGUUAGCCAAAGCACUCGACUUUGAAAGUCAACGAAUACAUCAUGUGCUCAUAACGGCUGAAGAUGGUAAUCCGCGAUCGAAUAGAACGCUAUUCACCACGCAUACGAUCACCGUUCAUGUAACAGAUGAGGAUGAGUAA